AAAUGCGCCACACAGACAUGACACCAUUUCUAAAGCACAAUUGCAUGCAAAUAUCUAAUGAAACUUCAAAUCCACAAAUAUCACAAAAAUGGCUACUCUGCAACUUAACUCUUAUGGUUUAGCUUCCAUGAAAGCUCCCCAUAACUUGAAGCAAACUACCAACACUUUCAAAACCCUUAAGCCCUCCACCCAUUCUAGUUUCUCCAGGCUCAAAAUCAGGGCCGUCGGUACGGUGCCAGAGAGUAAAUCCGAUGCCAAGGAGCCUGAAGAUCCGCCUUCCAUUAGCUUUGCAUUUGUUCAUUCUGUGUUAUUACCAGAUGGAACACCUGAUGUCCAUUUUCGGACAGCCUGUGGUGGCCAGAAGCUUAGGGAUGUAAUGUUGGAUUCUAAUAUUGAAUUGUAUGGACCAUAUUCAAGAGCUUUGCUAAAUUGUGCUGGAGGAGGAACCUGUGGGACUUGCAUGGUGGAGGUAAUAAUGGGGAAGGAGUUGCUUAACCCUCGUACAGACAAAGAGAAGGAGCUACUCAAGAAGAAACCUAAGAAUUGGAGACUUGCUUGCCAAACCACAGUUGGUAAACCAGAUUCUAAAGGACUGGUUGUCAUCCAGCAACUGCCUGAAUGGAAAGCUCAUGAAUGGAAAUAUGAGAAACUAUUGCCUCCAGAAUUACAACAAUAAAUUCUUUUUUUUUUCUUUUUGUACUGCCCAUGUUAUUAGUUUUAAUUUAAUAAUAUCUUUUGAAUCUGAGUAUUUGACCAUUUUUGCAUUAUUAAAAAAAAGAUAAAUAGAAAUAAAAAUAAAGCAUGAACUGCACAUAAUCACAUCUCCAUAAUCAAAGGAUAACCACAAACAAGGCUUUACAACAACAAAGGCAAAAUGAACUAAGAAGGACCCCAUAAAUAAAUAUUCAAAAAAAAAAAAA